AUGACGUUUGUUAUUGUGCCUGCAUUGUAUCAUUUAUUUUAUUAUGAAAAAGACUAUAGAGUUAAAAUAGCAUUAUUUGGUCCUAUCGGAGUUUGUAUAGCGUGUGCAUUAAAAUAUCUUGCAGUGAUCUAUCGCCGAAAAGAAAUUAUAAAAUGUUUCAAUGAACUCGAAAAAGACUGGACAAAAAUAAAUAAUGACACUGAGCGGGAUCUUUUGUUCAAAAAUAUACAAAAGGGUAACAAAGUGACUGUUUAUUUUGCUAUGUUCAUGUUUGGUGGAGGGAUAUCUCAUCAAGCAGCAGCUCCAUUUUUACCAGGUACUCCGCUUUCUUUAGUGCGGAAUUCAACAGAUAAACCACUUGUUUUUCCAACUUCAAUGUUCAAUAACAUUUUCGAUACGCAAAUAAUGUCUAUUUACGUGUUAAUUUAUAUUAGUCAUAUUUUAAUGGGUGCAGUUGUAUGUAUAAUGACGGUUGGUACCUGUAAUCUUGGUGCUAUUUUUGUCACUCACCUUUGUGGUCAAAUCCAAAUUAUGAUUUUUAGAAUAAAAGCUCUCUUGAAUACUAAUAGUGAUAUGAAAAAUGAUUAUUCCCAAAAACAAAUCAUUCAAAUAGUUAUACUGCACAACAGAGUGAUUACUUUAUCGCAGAAUAUCCAAUCGAUUUUGAACGAAGUAUGUUUCGUUGAAAUUUUGGCAUCGACUAUUAUUAUCUGUGUAGAUGAAUACUAUUGUAUGAUGGUAUGGAGACACAACGAAAUGGUUGGUUUUGCAAUAUACUUUACAUUGUUGAUAGCAUUUAUAUCAAGCGUUUUGAUUUUUUGCUACAUUGGUGAGCUCUUAAAGGAACAAGGCGAAAAAAUUGGACAAUCAGUUUAUAUGGCUAAUUGGUACUUACUUCCAUCUAAAACUGCGCGUGAAUUUAUUUUAAUUAUUGGAAUGACUCAACAUCCAGGUAAAAUCACUGCUGGUGGUUUAAUUGAAUUAUCUUGUUAUGGUUUUACUUCGGUCCUGAAAACUUCAGUUGCCUAUUUUAAUAUUAUGCGUAUGGUAGAGCUAUAA